UGGCUGACCUUCGCUCACAAUGAUGAAAGAUAUUUUUUAUAGAGUAUCACCCAGGAUCCAAGAUAGAUCCAAAUCGAUGAAUCGAAUGAAUUGACAUCUUAAGAAAGUUUGCAAGAACAAAACACGUGUGCGGUCACGUAAAAGUUCCUCCAGAGCCUGGCACCGUCGUUCACGUGGCAGACCAGAACGGGAGCAUUCCCGCUUCCGUGCCGCUCUCGAAACGCUAAUCAGUAUUCUCCCGAAAUAUAUUUACAGAGAAAUAAAAGAGUCUCACGCCCUCACUUCAAAGUUCCUAGCAUCUCACAGUCAACCUUUCGACCUCUCUUUUUCGCUUUUAUUGAUAUCUGAAUAUUCGAAUCCUUUUUGGCUUCUCUUUUGGAGUUUGGAUUAACUUUGUUCUUCAUUCUACGCCUUGAUUCUUUUUUGUUACCAAAAGGAAAAGAAAAGAAUAGAAUAAAGACGGGAAAGAUGCUAAACUCAUCAUUUUUAUCCGAAUCAAGCUCUACCAACUUUGCUUUGUUCACUUCCCUGGCUUCCACAAAUGCAAGCCCGUCUUCCAGUGGAAAUUCUUCUCUUCUUCAAAUGGGUGACACCACUAGAUUGAAAUGGAGUAGAAACGCAUCGAGUAGCAGCGGUGGGCAAGGACGUUCAAGUAAGGCACGGAGCAGUGUCAAGCGUAGAACUACUAAAGUAUAUGGGCGCCAGGCACGAGAACGUGUUCUUGAGGAAGAAGCCCCCGAAAUGUCAGAAACCAUCCCAUCAUUUAAAAUCUUCCCAGGUCAGGCGUUUCCAUUAGGUGUAUCAGAAGUUGAUAACGGGAUCAAUUUUGCCAUUUUUUCACAGCAUGCAACUGCAGUUACACUUUGCUUAUCACUUCCCCAGAGGGGAGAGCUUGACAGGCUGGCUGGUAGCAUGAUUGAGUUUUCCUUGGACCCUCGUGUCAACAAAACUGGAGACAUUUGGCACAUAUGCAUUGAGGAUUUGCCCCGGAGCAAUGUCCUCUAUGGUUAUCGCAUGGCUGGUCCCAAGGAUUGGGACACAGGGCAUCGAUUUGACAGCAGCAACGUGCUUAUAGAUCCUUAUGCAAAGCUAGUAGAAGGUCGUCGACAUUUUGGAGAUGCAAAGCAUAAAUUAUCAAAAUUUCUUGGAACUUACGAUUUUGAUAGCUUGCCUUUUGAUUGGGGAGACAACUACAAUCUCCCAAACAUACCUGAGAAAGAUCUUGUUAUGUAUGAAAUGAAUGUUCGUGCAUUUACAGCUGAUGAAUCUAGUUGCUUGGAUCCAAAUCUACGUGGAACCUACGCUGGUCUGAUUGAGAAGAUCCCACACCUUCUAGAACUUGGAAUCAAUGCAGUGGAGUUGCUGCCUGUCUUUGAGUUUGAUGAGUUUGAGUUUCAAAGGCGUCCCAAUCCCAGAGAUCACAUGAUCAAUACAUGGGGUUACUCAACAAUAAAUUUCUUUGCUCCUAUGAGUCGUUAUACUAGUGGUGGUGGAGGAGCUGUUAGUGCUUCUUGGGAGUUCAAAGAAAUGGUUAAAGCCUUCCAUGGGGCUGGAAUUGAGGUCAUCUUGGAUGUUGUCUACAAUCACACCAAUGAAGCUGAUGAUGAACAUCCUUAUACCACUUCAUUUCGUGGCAUAGACAACAAGGUUUAUUACAUGGUGGACUUAAACAACAAAGGCCAACUGCUAAACUUUUCUGGCUGUGGGAAUACAUUACACUGCAAUCAUCCUGUUGUCAUGGAACUCAUACUUGACAGCUUAAAACACUGGGUUGUCGAAUAUCACAUAGAUGGAUUCCGAUUUGACCUUGCUAGUGUGCUCUGUCGAGGAACAGAUGGUUCUCCUCUAAAUGCUCCUCCACUUAUUAGGGCAAUUGCCAAAGAUGCUAUCCUAUCAAGGUGCAAAAUUAUUGCUGAACCUUGGGAUUGUGGAGGACUCUAUCUUGUUGGUAGUUUUCCUAAUUGGGACAGGUGGGCUGAGUGGAAUGGAAAGUACCGUGAUGAUUUAAGAAGAUUUAUAAAGGGUGAUCCUGGUAUGAAAGGAGCAUUUGCAACUCGUGUCGCUGGAUCUGCUGACCUCUACGGGGUAAACAAACGCAAGCCUUAUCAUAGCGUUAAUUUUGUCCUUGCACAUGAUGGGUUCACAAUCUACGAUCUUGUUUCUUACAAUUUUAAGCACAAUAAAGCCAAUGGAGAAGGUGGAAAUGAUGGAAGUAAUGACAAUUUUAGCUGGAAUUGUGGCUUUGAAGGAGAAACUGAUAAUGCUGAUAUUAAAGCCUUGCGCUUCCGGCAAAUGAAAAACUUCCAUUUGGCACUGAUGAUAUCACAGGGAACACCAAUGAUGCUAAUGGGUGAUGAAUAUGGGCAUACACGAUAUGGGAAUAACAACAGUUAUGGGCAUGAUACUGCUAUUAAUAAUUUCCAAUGGCAGCAGUUAGAUGCAAGGAAGAGUGAUCACUUUAGGUUUUUCUCAGAGGUGAUAAAAUUUCGGCGAACGCAUCAAGUGUUUCGUCAUGAAAAUUUUCUCAGCAAAGGUGAUGUGACAUGGCAUGAAGAUAACUGGGACAAUCCUGACAGCAAAUUCCUUGCAUUUACACUUCAUGACAACAGUGGUGGAGAUAUCUAUCUGGCAUUCAAUGCUCAUGACUAUUGUGUUAAAGUUUCUAUACCUCCACCACCACAAAGGAGGCAGUGGUGCCGUGUGGUGGACACCCAUCUUGCCUCUCCUGAUGACUUUGUCUGUGAAGGAGUCCCAGGAAUCGGGAGCACCUACGACGUGGCCCCAUACUCUUCCAUUCUUCUUGAAGCCAAACCAUGAGCUGACCCCAGUAAGCUAAUCAAAGAGAUCAUAGUUUAAUCAGAGACGGAUCUACAAUAGGGGCAGUGAUGCCAUGAAAGAGAUGGUCGUAUCUGUUGAUAUGUUUACCCGAAGCUUGCUCAUCUUCUUAUAUACAUCUUAAAGAAUGUGAAACAAAUUAUGUUUACAAUUAGCAUAUUGCAAAGCGCAACAAACAUAGCUGAAAACUACAAUAAAACCCACAUUUUGUGACUAAACCCAACCUAAAUGCUGUGGAAACAUCAGGGUUUCGAUUUGAUUAGUGAGAAUGCAAAUGUUUUUCUUGUCC